AUGUUGAAUCAUAACCCAAAAAGAUUUGACCCAAGCACUACACCAUGUGCAAUGCCUUUUAUUAAGGACGGUGAAAUCGUAAGAGUUCCGGAUUCAACGGUUUACACAGCUGUUCAAAACAGUUUACAAAACAUUUUAGCGAAUAUCUUUAAUUCAGAAACUACAGAAAUAAAAUUACCGUAUAUAACAGAUGCUAAAGAAAUUAAAUCAAAAACGACAACAUUAUUUACGUCACUUAAUGAUUUAAUGACUUAUAUCAUUAAUAUUCCUGCACCAACUACAGCAUUUGAUCCAAACUCGACGGUUUGCAGUGUACCUUUCAUAAAUGACAGUUCAUUAAUUACUUUAAGGGAUUCGACAGUAAAUGAAUCAUUAAAGGCGUCAUUAAUGAAAAUCAUUGAUUUUAACUCA